GCUCUGUUUUAUGGACUCUUUGUCGUUUUGACCCAAAAACCCUGAAAAUUUUGGUCCAGCAGUAACUGCUAAACCCUUUUGAUGAAAGCCAUUUACAUCUUUAAAAUCGCUCACUGCUAAACUUGUUUCUGGUUUUGGCGCUAAUUGAAAUAAAUUGGAAAAGAGUAACAGUUAAACAAAGCUUUUCCCUCUUAGGGUUUGCUUCUUCUUCUUCUUCUUUUCCUUAGCUACAGAGAAUCGGAGAUGAUGGACAUUGAUGAACCACUUGAUUUUGAAGUAGAAGAUUCUCUUCUUAUUAACCCUGUUGUUCCCAGCAAAAGGAAAAACCUUAUGGGACUGGAUGAGCUUUUGACUGAACACUACAAGGAGCAAAGCAAACUUAUUGAGAAUGAAGCCAGGAAACAGGCAAAAGCUCGGAAAUGUUAUGUGUCUGAUGAUGAGGAUAAGAAUUGCAAAGAAGCUAUGCUUGCAAGUCUUCUCGAUGAUUGCCAAAAACAGAUGAAAGCAAUUCAUAGCGUAGAAGAGAUGUCUGAAUGGGGCUUAUGUGUCUUCGGGGAGCAGAAGACUACUCCACCUCUAUCUUUUCCUGAGCUUGGAAAUUGGUCAAUUUUGCAGUCUUUCAUGAAUAAUGAGCUCAACUCUCUGGUGGGGCUUACUAAAGAGAAAGGGUGCACUUUCCUUGAAGGGUUAUUGAAAAAUGGAUGGCUCUUAAAAUUGAUAUUUAAAUGUGGCUGUGUAGAAAAAUCACUAGCUACAUGGACCUUUUUCUUAAUGCUAUAUUCAUCAAAAGAGGAGUUGAGGUCGUCUGCUUGUGAGUUUUGGUGUGCCAUUCUUUCAUCAAAAAUUCAGGUUGGCAUGCAACCCAUUGAAAUUGACCGGUACCCCAGCUAUCCUGAAUUAAAGAGUGCCCUUGAAACAUAUGGGUUUCUUUUCAAUUUUUCAUCCAACAUAUCCGCUGAAAAUAGUUCUGGUUGUAAAGGUCCACCGCAAAAUAUCAUAACCUGGAUCAAAUUUACUGCUGUUUAUUGUCAAGUAAGGUGUAAUAAGCAGUCUAUCCUUUUGACUUCAGACUGUCAAGAGCUAGCGGAAGUUAUCCUUUGUCUAUUCUUAGACCGGCGACUUCAAGGUCUCUCCGUUCUUAUGAGGAACUGUAUGCAAUCAAUUAUCAGUUCAUUCACAGAAGAAGAAUGGAUUAACAGCUACUCUAGAAUAGCGAAAUCUAUUGCCUCAAGAGUUCCUACAGACUUGAACUGCUUGCGAGCAGUGCAAUGCAUUUCAGGAGUUGAUCCUCGUACCAAACAUCUCAAAAGCGUUGUUGCCUUCGAAAUUCUUGUUAAUUGUUUUGAGAACAAGGUUCAUGAUGAUGUAGGAAUCCUUACAUUGCUUAUCUCGAUAAAUGUGAAAGAAAAGGCCUGUGAUUUCUUCAAGAUGUACAUCUAUCUGGUUUUGGCUGAAAAUUGGCUUCGAUACGAUGAAAUGUUUAGCGAUAAGCCAGUAAUUUGUGAAAUGUGGGGUGUUUUUCUACGAAACUGUUCUUGCCAAAUUAGCAGCUCGGAUUUGAGGCCUCGUGCUUCGGAAGUUCGAAAUAAAGCUGCAUUUCUUCUACAAGGCAUUGGCAACAGUUAAUCAAGCAAGGGUGCAAGUGUUGACCGAAUCACCCUGAUUCUUUGAAGAAAUAUUGGCAUUCUUGGGUGUUUAUUUUUUGGUAAAUUUUGGAAUAAUUCAUAUCUAUAUGACGAGGUUAUUCCAAAAUUAAUCCGGUUUAAUGUAUCUAAUUGUGUAGCUUAAGUACAUGUAAGUUUAACAAUGACUGCAACUUCAUACGUCUGACAUGAUGAGAUAUUAGAUUACUAGUUAAUGUAUCAAUUAAUCAAAUGUUCUUUCCUUAA